GCUUCAUUUUUUUUCUCUUUGUAGGUGUCAGAUAUUCAUAUCAGUAGAUUUCGGGAUCCCAAACGAGCUUCUGACUUCGAAAAAUUCUGUUCUGAAACAAUUGGUAUAAUUCAACCAGCACUUGUUCUAGCAACAGGUGACCUGACAGAUGCCAAGACAAGAGAUAAACUGGGAUCUGAGCAGGUAGAAGUAGAAUGGAAAACUUACCAGUUAAUCUUGAAGAGAUCAAGGGUUAUGGAGAAAACCAAGUGGAUAGACAUCAAAGGGAAUCAUGAUUCAUUCAACAUACCACACCUGGAUAGUGUUCAAAAUUAUUACAGGAGAUACUCUGCCUGGCGUAAAGAUGGCUCUUUCCAUUAUAUCCACACCACCUCUUUUGGGAAUUACUCAUUCAUCUGCGUAGAUGCCACACUCAGCCCAGGCCCUAAGAGACCUUAUAAUUUCUUCGGAAUUUUAAACAUGAAUCAAAUGGAAGAGCUAUCUUCAAUGGCAGCACAGAGUCUGCACAGCAAUCAUACUAUCUGGUUUGGCCAUUUUCCCACCUCAACGAUCAUCUCUCCAGCCCCAGGAAUACGAACAUUGAUGAGUUCUGCCACAGCCUAUUUAUGUGGACAUCUCCAUACAAUGGGUGGGCUGAUGCCAGCCUUGCACAGUCAGCACCGUGGCGGCACUCUGGAACUCGAACUGGGAGACUGGAUGGAUAAUAGGAGGUACCGGAUCCUUGCGUUUGAUCACGACCUCCUUAGCUUUGCAGAUCUUAACUUUGAAGAAUGGCCAGUAGUUCUCAUCACCAAUCCCAAAUCCUUCCUUUACAGCAGUUCUUCUCAUGAACCACUAGUCAGAAUUCUUUAUUCCACUCACAUCAGAAUUCUGGCCUUCUCUCCUUCUGUCAUUACUUCUGUCAAAGUCUAUAUAGACCGAGUUCACUUGGGGAAUGCACAUCAAGUGUCUGGCCCUCUCUAUGUACUGAAGUGGAGCCCACAAAACUACAGUGAAGGGUUCCAUCACAUAGAUGUGACUGUCCAGGAUGCUUCAGGAAGAAUUAGGAUGUGGGGCCAUAUAUUUGCUAUGGAAGAAAACCUCUCUCUUAGAUUUGGCUUUUGGCCAUCUGUUAUUCUUCUCACUGACCACUAUGUUCUAGCGCGUGUGCUCUUUGGACUGAUGGUGCUGAUUCAGAUCACCUUGCUCGUUAUUUUCAGACACCUCCAAAAGCCAGCACUCAAAGAAAAGCCAGGAUUACUUACUCUGACCUCGUAUUCCCUUCAUGUCUUCAGUAAAACAAACACCUUCUAUUACUCGAUUCUGGUUCUGAAUUUAUAUACCAUUCUGGGACCAUGGUUUGUAGGUGAACUGAUAGAUGGCCAGGUGGGAGCCUGUUUUUCCUUUGGGGUGUUCAUUGGUGGCUCCUUCUUUCAGGGCGGUCUGACAUUUGUGGUUGGGAUUUUACAGAUGUUGUUUUUCAACCUGCCAUUAAUGGCCUAUCUGUGCUGGUGCCUGUUGCUGCGAUGCCAGGGUCACAGCUUCCGUUCUCACAUCCGUCACGUCCGACGCCUCGUGGCUGUGCUUGUUCACCUGGCAAUGGCUUUCCUCCUGGCCUGGCAGGUCUAUUCCUGCUAUUUCCUGCAGCGAACCUAUGGGACCUUGGCUUUCUUCCUCUCCCCAAUGAGAACCUGGCUGGUGGUGCUGACCUCAGCUCUGAUUUAUAAAACCUGGACACUGAAAUCAUCUGAGCUCAGAACUUACAUCGUAGAAAUUAAAAACUGCCAGAGCUCUUGA